AGUAAAUAAAAUAAAAUAAAUUUUAAUUAUGCACCGGUGGAAUUGUUUGCUGAUUUUGUCUACAUUUUAUAAACUUACCAAUGCCAUUGCCCUACCCACCGGCCUGCCCAAAUGUAAUUGCAUACCCGUGAAAGAAUGCGAACCCAUCGCUUACUUACUCCUGAAUCACAGGCCACAUGAAGCUGACUUGAUAUACAAAAUAGUGCAGAGUGCCGGUUGUGGUUAUGCCGGUCUUGAUCCGCUCGUCUGCUGUCCCACCACCUAUGCUAACCACAAAAUAGCGACGCGCGUGCAUUCAACUGAAAGUGAUACAUUCGGCAGAACAGAUCCCGACGCCUGGGUAUGGGACAGCGUAGAAUUACCUACACGCUUUGGCGCAUUUACAGAAAAGUUGUUGGCAGCCAGUUCAGAUGCUCGAUCAACUAAACGACGAUCAAAAGAUUUCUACGAAGAAACAGAUAUAUUUGAUUUUAAGGAUCCAAAAACCGAAAGAAAUUUUCCACAUUCUUUUUACGAAGAAGCAGUUGAGUUCCAGGACAAUGAUGAUGCUAAAAUAGAACGCGACUGUGGAGGGCUUCCCCGUAAAUACUUUACAAAGCAACCACAUCCACAGCGACAUCACUUUGACGAGCAUAAACAUAUGCAUCACCACGAACAUGACCACCAUAGCGUGGACGAUAGCAACGAUUACGAUGAGGGGGAGGAAUAUCCACGCAUUAUUUUUAGGCCAAUAAAUGAUGGCCCUGUUAUAUAUCCAGAUGACAGACGUUUGAAUCGGCCACUUCAGUUUCCAAUGCAAGGAACUACUACGACAACAACACAGACACCGCCAACAACUACUAAAACGGCCACUACAACAAUAAAGCCUGUGGUGAAGGCGACGGAGCAGUCCAAAGUUAACACAGCGCGUUGCGGCAUACCGGAAAUAGACGGCCAAAGUGGCGAGCGCAUAUACCCAUGGAUAUCACGCAUAGCUUAUAUUAACAAAACCAAUAAUUUCAUAAGCUAUCGCUGUUCCGGUUCGGUUGUAAGUCAAUCACACAUCCUGACAGCCGCGCACUGUGUUGUCAACCUUGUUAGCGAUCUGCGGCUCUCUCAUGUGCGCAUUGGUGGUGUGGCGCUUUCCCCUAACUGCACUGCCAACAGCAAUGUUAAUUGCUCCAUCACUACACGUAUUUAUCAAAUCGCCGAAGUGCGCGUACAUCCAAGCUACGAUCAGCCGAAGUACGCCAAUGACAUUGCGUUAGUAAAAAUAAUCGGCGAAGCAAAUGAAUAUACACCCAUUUGCUUACCUCCGAAACUAUCUGCUUCUGUGCGUGAUGAGCUUAUAGGCAGCCCUGGAAUUGCGCUUGGCUGGACAGCGGAUUUGGAAGGCAAUGAUACAGGUAGCCCAAGAGUACGUUACCUCAGUUUGCCGAUAGUUAAUACAACUGAGUGCGCCAUUACCUAUGCGAAAUUUAGUGAGAACUUCAACGAUCCAAUCAUUAUUACGCCAUCACAGAUAUGUGCUCAGGGUGGACCUAUGAAUGAUGUCUGUCGAGGUGACAGUGGUGGUCCGUUUAUGGAUGAGGGUUCCUCUGGUCUAAUAAAUUCAAGUGGUCGUCAUUCUUUAUUAGGUAUUGUGGCUUUUGGACCUACAAAAUGUGGCAUGUCGAAUAUACCAGGAGUCUAUACGCGCGUCAGUUCCUACUUGGGAUGGAUCAUAGAAAGUAUUAGCUUAAGUUAACCUGCAUUUCUAACCACAAAAUUGCACAUAAACACAUACUUCCUUUUUUAAUCAGCAUCCAAUAUUAAGUACUGAAUCAAUAUUUAUUUUAGUAUUAGCAUUUCUUGUUUAUGGAAUUAUAAUUUGUUGUCUAUAAAAUAAAAUAAAAAUCAUGCACAAUAAUUGUGCAGGCAUUAAA